AUGAAAACUCCAGAAUUGCCAUAUGAAUUCUUUUCAGAAGAAUAAAAACAAUAUUUAGACAUGCUUGUAAAAUUUUCAGGUCGAACCUAACGAACUCGUCUAGUAUCUAGUUAAGCUAUACCUAGUAAAAAAUAUGUAAUAAUUAAAUCUUAUAAUAUAGUAAUUCCUUAAAAAUAAUUUUAUUCUGAUGACUGCAGAUGAAUAAUAUGACUUUAAUUAAGCAGAUAAAGUGCUUUAAGAAUAAACUACUAUUGGUGCUUUGAUUGGUUUUGGUAUUUCUGCAAUUUCUAUGCUUUAUUUUGUCAAUUCGAGACCAUUACAUAAAAAACUUUAUGGUGAAAUGUUUACAAGUGGAAUUUUAGGUUUGAUGUUUGGAUUGUCUUAUUAUCAAUAUCAUAAUUAUUAAUAUAGAGAAAAGAUUCAUUAGAUGUAUGUUAAUUUAUUGGCCGUAAAAAAAUUAGGAAGAGUAUGA